AUGUACAAGUAUCUGAACGCGAUUGCCAAGACCGCCUCGCCUCUCUCAGUCCUCCUGGCUGCCACGGCGCUGCAGGAGCGCAAGUGGUUAGUCGGCGAUGGCGACGAGGCGCGACCGUCCACGCAUGCGAAUGUGAAGAGGCCGUCCAAGGGGAAGAAGGACUGUGUCGCUCUGCAGCGAAUUCAAGAGACUCUCCUGCUCAGUGCCCACAGAGUGUCUGACCCCGUCUUUGUCCUGAUCCUCAAACUGCUUUUCUCCUCUUCCUUCGCCCUCGACCCCAACGAACGAGCGUUGCUUGUGACGCAACUCGACCAGCGGGUCGCGUCGAUGCAUGCGUCGCUUCUCCCAAAUGUCGCCUCUGCCCUCAGUCAAAACCUAACCAGUCGCAAUCCGUCUUCUUCGUCUCCUCCUUCUUCUUCUCCGUCUUCUCCGGCUUCUUCUCGCGAGGAGGUUGUGCGUCAGCGAGUCGUCGACCGGCUUUUGCCUUUCCUGCUCUCCGACCCGCGCGACAGUCUCUUUCGUAACUUGUCGUCUUCGUCUUUUGGUUCUCCGGUUUCACGUCCCUCUGCCCCGGAUUCUCUGCCUGCCACGCGGGGCUCUUCCCUUUCAUCGAACCGCGAACGGGAGCGGAUCCGCGAGGACGCCGAGACGCGCGCUCUGGAGGAGAUUUCUCGAAACCCGCCGCAAAUCGCUGCAUGCAUUGCGAGCUGCGGCAAGCUCCGCCCUCUGUCUGUCGAGCAGCGAACGGAGUUGAAGGGACUGUUGAAGGCGCUUGUUCGCGCGGCGCGCGACGGCCGGAAAGAGAAGGCGGCAAACGCCAGCGAAGGGGAAGCAUCGCGAACCGACGGCGGCCGACAGGCGGGGCGAGGAGAAGCCGGGACUCACACAAGCCCUCAGGGCUCAGAGGAAGACGGGGGGGAAGCGCGGACGAACGGCGACGCCACCCGCGAGGCCGCGAACGCCGUGGAGCACAACGCUUGGCUCCAGAUGACUGACGUGCCUGGCAAAGAAGACCGGACCACACACCGACCUUCCGAAAUGUCUGCGUCGUCUCCGUCUCGCUUAGGUGAUCGCCAAGGCCGGGAGGCGACGGCCGAGGCUGCCGGCAGUGCGUCGGAGUCUCAGGCCUCGCGCGAACGCGAAGCGCAGCUGGUCGGCGAGAUGCUGCUCGUGCCUUCUGCGAUGGCGGCCAUUGGCUCUGCCGACGCUCUGCUCUUUUUCGAUUGCGUGGACGCGAUUUACAAAUUCCUCCCGAGAUACUCCGACGCCCAACUCGCAACCUUCUGCCGGCGAGCGGCUCUCGUCCAGUUUGAAAAACGCGACUCCGAGAACGAGGAGAGUCGACGCGUGAACGGCUUCCAUCUCUUCACGCUCUUUCUCGUCGACCGCCUCCCAACGAUGUCGCCGCCUCGCCAAGAGAAGCUCGGAGCCGUCUUGGCGGCGUUUGUGGGAAACCACCCGCCUCAUGUCGCCGCUUCCCUCUCCCUUCUCGCGUCGUCCUUCCUCAUUCACAUGCAUCCAAACGUCGUGCGCGGCACCGUGCACAUCUCGCGGACUGCGUCUCUCUUUCUCUCACCGUCUACGUCUCUGCUCGCUGCGUCUGCGCCGCCGUCCGCCGAGGCGAAAAAGGUGCUGGCCGCCCUGCGCGUCUAUCGCCGGAGUCUCGAGCGCAUCUCCCAAGAGCGGGGCGUGCUUGCGUCGCUUCAUGCAGCCGAUUUGAUCAAACUCCUCGACGCGACGCUGCGGCUCAAACAGGUAUCCAGUCUGUCGGCAGACGGAAAGGCGAAACAGCGGCCGAGCGACGCCGCAGGCGACCUGGCAGACCAGGAGAUGCUGCGCGUCUUCAACGACAUCCUGCACGCCCUGCACAAGAAGGCGGCCGCGUUCACCGUGUCCGACGCUGAGGCGCUUCUGGGCGUUUUGAACCUUCUGGGUCAGCGCGACGGCUCGGCGAAGAAAGGCGCGAAGCCACAGACGCGCGUUUUGUCUCCACCUGCGACGACGGCGCUGCUGACGCGCCUCCUGCACAUUGCAGCGACCCGCCCGGAGCGCAGGGAGAACCCCCCCGCUUCGGCCGCGCUACGGGCUGCGCAGCUCUUUCCAGAACUCGGCGACAGCGUCCAGAGUCCAGCGGAGCGCACCGCGCUGGACGGCGAGGCUCUCCUGCGUGCGAGGCCGCUCUCCUUCAGUCAGUUCCUCGCGGAGACAUCACGCGACCGUGCCGGCCUUGAGGGCCUCAGCGAGGCGCAAAUCAAACAGCUUCGCCUAGCGCUGCAACUCCUCCUGCCUCGACCUCUCGAAGUCUUCAAAGCGAGUGGUCUCCCUGACGAGGUGCUGGUUCUGCUGCUCUUCGCUGUCGAGGCCACCACCUGGCUCGUGAGCGAGAUCGGCGCUCUCCCCACUUUCCUCUCGCUGUCGACUGCCGCGCCCGCGCUGGGCCUCUCGGGGCGACGCGUCUCGUCCCCUCGCCCUCAUCAAGACAGAGACGAAGGAGACGGGCGCGACGGAGGCGACGACGGCGACGAGAGAGCGGAGGAGAUGCAAGGCAGAGAAGCCGCGGCUCUGAUGCUGUUUGGGAUUACCCGACAGACGCUGGCCGGGGCGUUCGGAGCUUGCGGGCUCAUGCUGGAAGAAAUGCAGGCGAAAGACCGACGGCGAACUCAGGUUGUAGGUUUGACGUCUCGACUAGCGCGUCUGCUACCCGCGGACAUUGCGGCUUCGACCGAUCGCCGCCUUCUCACCGAGUCGCUUCUUCGCGCGCUCCCAGCCGACGUCGAAGCGCUGCGCCUUGCAUGCGUCGAGUUACUCGGCCUUCGGGCCAUUCGGAGACAGGAGACGCUCUUUGAGAAGAGCCAGCGACGGCGGGAGGAGAGGCGACAGCUCGGGGCGGCGCGCACGGAAACGCCCCAGACCGAAGAAGAAAGCGAACGCGAAGACAGUACACAACACUAA